AGCCAUAGCCAGAGUGAUUAUGAAGGUUGUCCCUUGAAUAGCUGGGAAGGAUUAGAAAGAGACAGGGACGCACAGGUGAGGAAAUCUAGGUAGGAAAAGAGCUGGUAAGGAGACUGGGUUUUGUUCUGAGAUAGGUGGGACGCCACUGCAGGAUUUUGAGCAGCUCAGGAGCGUCUAUCAGGCACCUGCGGCUUCAUGCAGAAGGGAUGAAGAUGGCCUCCAAGCACAUCACCCAGGAGACCUUCGAUGCGGCUGUUCUUGAGAACAUUGAGGAGUUUGAGAUGGGGCCAGAGGAAGCAGUGAAAGAGGCUGUGGAGCAAUUUGAAUCACAAGGGGUCGAUCUGAGCAACAUUAUAAAGAUGGCACCCCAAGUCUCUGCAGAUGGACCCCAGGAGCCCACACACGACAUCUUGCAGGUCCUGGACAACCUGAAGGAGUCCGUAGCCUGCUCUCUCCCCCAGGAGGUGUCAGUGCACCUUGCCCGCUUUUGCGAACAAUGCAAGCAGCACAAGGCCUGCCGCUUCCUGGCAGCCCAGAAGGGCGCCUACCCCAUCCUCCUCGCUGCCUGGAAGCUGGCUGCAGCGGGAGACCAGGGCCUCCUGCUCCAGGCCCUCAAUGCUCUGUCAGCCCUGAUUGACAGCCAGCCCGACCUCCUGGACACCCAGGGCCUGAAGUUGCUGGUGGCCACGCUGGCCCAGAACGCUGACACAGCUGAUCUGCUCUGCUCUGGGAUACGCUGUGUGCGGCAUGCCUGCCUGAAACACGAACAGAAUCGGCAGAGCCUGGUGAAGGCUGGUGUGCUGCCCCUGCUGACCCGCGCCAUCACCCGGCAUGGCUGCUGCGCCGACGUGGUCAGGGAGGCCUGCUGGACCCUCCGCAUCAUGACCUUUGAUGAUGACAUCCGUGUGCCCUUCGGCCACGCCCACGACCAUGCCAAGAUGAUCGUGCAGGAGAACGGAGGCUUGAAGGUGCUCAUUGAGGCUGCCAAAGCAUUCUCUGACAACCCCAGUGUCCUGAGUGAGCUCUGCAGCACCCUGUCCCGCCUGGCCGUCCGCAACGAGUUCUGCCAGGAGGUCGUCGACCUUGGGGGCCUCAGUGUCCUGGUGGCUCUGCUGGCCGACUGCAGCGACCACCAGGACCUCGUGAAGCAGGUGCUGAGCGCCCUGCGGGCCAUCGCGGGCAAUGAUGAUGUGAAGGAUGCCAUCGUCCGUGCUGGCGCAACAGAGUCCAUUGUGGCUGCCAUGACCCGGCACCUGGCCAGCCCCCAGGUGUGUGAACAGAGCUGCGCAGCCCUGUGUGUCUUGGCCCUGCGCAAGCCGGAGAACAGCCGGGUCAUCGUGGAGGGCGGUGGGGCUUUGGCUGCACUGGAAGCCAUGAAGGCACACCCACAGGAGGCUGGUGUGCAGAAACAGGCCUGUAUGCUGAUCCGAAACCUGGUGGCCCGCAGCCAGGCCUUCUCACAGUCCAUCUUGGAUCUGGGGGCCGAGGCGCUCAUCACUCAGGCCCGUGCCACCCACCGAGACUGCGAGGAUGUGGCCAAGGCCGCCCUGCGGGACCUGGGCUGCCACGUUGAGCUCCGAGAGCUGUGGACUGGCCAGAAGGGCAACCUGGCGCUGUGACCCAUCCUUGGUCUGGGCGUGAGUCUGGGUGAGUCAUGUGACUCAGAGAAUGGGGAGAUCCAUGUCCUGCCACUCUACUCCCCCCUCCCCCCAGAUUCCUCCCUUCACUCAGGAAGAGGUGUUUUCCUAUGGGGCCAGGUACAAGCUGUGAGGUGGGAAGGGAGCACUAGUGAGGUGUCUACACUGGGUCCUGUGCUCCCCUCACCAACCGACAGCAUUGGUAUCAACUGUCCUGCCUGCCCCGUCCCGCCUCCCCUCCCCCACCCUUUCUAGCAUUGCUUGAGGCAAAGGGCAAUCUGAAAUUUGGCAGCCACACUGGCCAGUCUCAGAGCAGGGCAGGGAUCCCACUCCUGCCCCUUCAGGUCUGUUCUGGCCCUGCUCCUGUUUUUCUCACCUAUAAAAUGUGUUGCAGAUACCUUGCUCUGCUGGCCAGAGGGCAAGGACCGAGGCUGGUCCAUCUCUGGGGCCCCAGGUCAACCAGUGGUGUGUGGUAAUAAAAGACUGUUGGCUGAAUGA